AUUACACGUCAUUGUGAGGUCCCACUCAAAGACAGGUGUCACUCUCGAACACACGACGCCUAGCCUGCAGCCACCGCCACCUUUAUGCGCUUCUUAGAGGUGACUCCAUACCCAUGAUGGGUUUAGUCGACUGAGAACAUACCAAGAAAGGUCCUCAAGACUCGAAAUGAUUUGUUGGGCAAGUUCUUUCACCGUCGAAUCCCCUUUGAUCCAGGUUGCGAAGGUUCUUUCAUCGGCGCCAUAAAGAGAGGAACGCCGAGGGUCUAAAAAACAAAGACCAGGGUAGUUCACUUCUAGGAUGUUGAUACCUAUGGAUAUAAGGUAAAUCUGUCACCUCCCGAUUCCUCCUCUUCUCAUUUCCAAAGUACUGUCCUUGGAGAUAUCAAGAAUCCCUCUCAAAGAACGGAAUCCCAUCAUGGCUGUCAAUGUUGAGCAACCCCCUCAUUCCCUCAAUCUUCAGAACGGGCAUUCAGUCCCCGAAGCGUUGAAUCUUGGAUCCAGGGUGAAUUUCACCACCUACCAGAAUGUCAUCGAUGGCGGGCUUUAUGGUACGGACAAAACUCGACGCACCAUAGACCCAGCCACCCUAGAGGAGAACCCGGAGGUGCCUGUUUCUACUCGACAUGACGUGGACAGAGCCGUCGCGGCGGCGCAGAAGGCGGCCGCGGCCUGGGCCCAAGUGCCCUGGGCAGAGCGUGAGGCGGCAGUUCGGGCAUAUGCCGACGCCGUGGAGAGUCACAUCAACGAGAUUGCCGAAAUUCAGGUCCGAGAGAUGGGUUGCCCACUUGCCAUGGCUGAAGGUGAUGUCCAAUGGGGCGUGGGGUGGAUGCGCGGUUUCUGCGAGCUCCCCCAGCCCGGGGAUAUCAUUGAGUCAAGCGAGGACCGCCACGUCGUCGAGCGCUACACUCCCAUCGGAGUAGCCGUCGGCAUAGUCCCCUGGAACGGCCCCGUGGUUUUGGCUUGCGGCAAGAUCGCCCCGGCCUUGUUGACAGGCAACGCGUUGAUUCUCAAGCCGUCGCCCUUCGCUCCUUACAGUGUCCUCAAGCUUGCAGAGAUUGGUCUCCAGUUCUUCCCCCCAGGUGUCCUCCAGGCGCUAAGUGGCGAGGAUGAUCUCGGCCCCUGGCUGACCACCCACCCCAGCAUCGGUAAGGUCAGCUUCACUGGCUCUGGAAAUACCGCAAAAAGAGUCGUGGAAGCCUGUAGCUCGUCUCUCAAGCGCGUCUCGACGGAGCUCGGCGGGAACGACCCUGCCAUCGUCUGUGAAGAUGUCGACCCGGUACUCGUAGGGCAGAAGAUUGCGACUGUGGCGAUGUUGCGCUCUGGUCAGUUCUGUAUCGCGAUCAAGCGGGUCUAUGUUCACGAGUCUAUCUAUGAUGCUGUCCUCGCUGAGAUCGUCAAGUACGUCGGCAGUGUGAAGGUCGACAAUGGGCUCGAUGAAGGCACUGUCGUCGGGCCCGUUGCUAAUCGUCCGCAAUACGAGCGGGUGAAGGAACUCCUUGCAAAUAUCGAAGAGACAAAGCUCGAUGUCUUGCCUAAGAAGGGUCAGCCGAUCGAGGAACUGAAGGGCUUCUUCAUCCGCCCUAUUGUGAUCAACAACCCACCGGAUGAUUCCAGAGUAGUCGUUGAGGAACCAUUCGGCCCUAUCCUCCCCGUUAUGAAAUGGUCGGAUGAAGCGGAUGUGAUCCAGCGAGCUAACAACACCGACUACGGCCUCGGUGCGUCCGUGUGGUCCAGAGAUCUCGUCCGGGCGACUCGCAUCGCCGAUAAGCUGCAGGCUGGCAACGUGUGGAUCAACACUCAUGCCGAGAUCCAGGCUUCGACCGCCUUCGCGGGCCACAAGCAGAGUGGAUAUGGGUCGGAACUAGGAGUCGAUGGUUUGAAGGGCUGGUGCAACAUCCAGGCCAUGUACACGCGGCCAUUGUAAUAUGAACCUAGGUAAUGGAU